AUGGCUAACCACGGCUUUCAAAAGGGACAGUGGAGAGGUGAAGAUAAUUCUCAUGGCAGUCGAAAAUCUCUCCUCGAGGAGAACAAGGCCGUCAAGGCGAGCAUCCACGGCGGAUGGCCUUCCUCACUGGAGUGCUUUAACGAAAGAGGUCUUGGGCCUGACGUAGCGGCCUCACGUUCGCUAAAAUUUCUUAAGGAUGAUUUUCUAUCCGCCCAAGUUGCCCCAUCGCGUGCGGAAAAGUUUCCCGUGUCAAGCAUGGACGCCAACAUGUAUAAAAAAUUUAGUUGGCGGAGUCUACGUGAUGGGAGGAAAAAGAGCUUAUCCCCAAGCUUGAAACCUGAGGUUCGGCGAAAGGACCGAGAGGCUGGCGGCGGUAGGAGCUCGUUUUAUCGCAAGAAUGUGAAUCGUUCCCAUACAUCAUCCAGGUUGUGUUCCUCACCGUCGCGUUCCUCGACCCCUGUGUGCGUCGAACGUUUGCCCAACUUGGUUUCUGUAUACGAAUUGUCUAUAGGAAAAAGUUUAAAUCGUGGUAUGGAUCAAGCAGAGAAGGAUACGUUAUCCAGUGGCUUACGGAGUUCCUUCCGUCGUCAGUCUGAUAAAGUUAUUCUGAGUUAUCAAAAUUCAGGGGAGCCGAACAAAAGCAACUACAUCUGCUCAACUUUCUCUUCUCCGGGCUCUGAUUCAAGGGGAAACGAAAUAUUACGUGGGAAUAUUCCGUCAGCAGGAUCUGGGAGAUCGAUGAAUCAGAAACAGGAGAACGGGGAGACUAAAGGGACUCAUGAUGAAUCCAACUAUUUAGCUCGCAAAUGUUCUCUUUCACUUAUAGUUGGCGAGGAUCAAAGCUCCAAUGAGGUGGUGUGGCGGACCAUACCCACCUCGAUAACGCCUGCAAUGCGAAGAACUCCUUCAGGGAUUUACUUUUGUAGUCAGUACAACAACGACAAUAUCAGGUUCCCAUAUCUUACGGAAAAGCAGCUUGGAUCUAACACCAUGGGCGAUAGGUCUAAAGAGAGCAGUGGGGAAGUGGUGUGGGUACGCUUUCCGAGUCUGCUUCACAGGCACCCCACAACAUCGUUCUUCAAGCGACCAGUGGUUUCCCAUUCAAAGUCAGAUGCAGAGCAAUCUUUCCAUGACUCUAAAUACAUCAAAUGCUUCGAUAAUAACGGUGGAAAAGGUGAUGAUCACUUUAAUAAUCAGUUGGGCUGCGUCAGUAGCCGAGAAAAAUUUCAAGUAGAAAGACUAAAUAGCCUUCGUGGCAGGUCUUUAUGUAAAGUGGAUCCUAAUCCUUGUAGGACGUGGGGGACAGACAGCUGUACUUCGGGAAUUUUAGAUGACUCCCUAAUCGAUGACCUGAAGUCAGAAAGUGCCUUGCAUAGUCUGUGCACUAUGGAGGCAUCGAGCCUUGUCGAAGGACGGAACAGUUUUGUCGAACCACAUAUAGUAGCGAACAGGAAGGGAACUCAGACAAUUGUGAACGCGAAUGGGGUACCUGCGAGAGUUCUUCCCCCAAUAGCGACUGAAGCUGAUAGUCAGUAUGACGUCAGAACGGAAAAUUCCGAUUUAGGUAAGGAAUUUGCACCUUUUGCUGGACGUCAGGGUAGAGUAUUGCCUAAUGAAAUGAAGACACUCGAUACCCCCCUCCUUUUGACGGAGCUUAAUAGCUCCCGCAUAAAUGUAGCGAGUGGAGUCAAAAAUGCUAACAAUAUUGACCAAGAUUCUUCGAUUCCCUAUUCAAACUCAAUAAAAACCGAGAAUAUUGAGGAUUUCGAAUCCUUAAAACGAACGGUGGCUACAUCAGGGAAAUGCGCGGAAACGCAACAACCAGCAUUUCCACAUAAAACUCUCAGAACCGGAGGCAAGCUGGGGGAUAAGUCGUGGGUAAUCCGAAACCCCCAAAAAGACAAAGUAAAAAAAAUCAAUCAGACCACGAUUGAAUUACUUCGCUCUAUAUAUUUAGGUGCACCAGGUACGCGAGCACACCAUCCGCCGUUGCCAGGUAGAGUAUCUCCCCACCCCUCGUUAGGACAGCUGAAUAGAAAUCAUGACUUCGAAAUUGAGUCAUAUCUUGAUCAUUUUCGUGGAAACACCGAGAAAGUCAGGAGGGAAAGCACAGGAAAGAAAUCGGAGAGGUUUCAAUCCUUAAUUAAAUCCGAGGACCCUUUUAGUUAUCUUCUGGGACUUCACGGGUUUUGGGGUGAAACAAAUUAUUACUAA